AUGCUCUCUCUGUUCCCAGGAUUUGGGCCGCAGUUGCCGCCAUUCACGUCUCUCUUGAUCCAAGGACCUUACCAUGCCUCGGCACCAAUCCAUCUUGCUUUAUCCCACACGAGUCAAGCAAAUGGCUCUAGUGCAAUAUUCUUAUCUCCGUCGCGUCAGCUGGUCACCGUGGCACUGAAGGAACACAACGAUUCGUGGCUUGCCCAAUCAGGCCACGGCCGUGUAUCAGAGAUGUCGUCUCGCAUCAAAAUGCUGACAGCUGUUCUCAGUUAUCCACCGACACCAACACAUUUGGCCUUUCUUUUGGCUUCCCUUGAGGUUCCGCGGCAAGGGUCAGCCCAUAUCCUCCAUCCGACAACUACUCUCGACGCGUUUCCGGACCUCAUUGUCCUGCACGAGCUCUCAGCAUACUUUCUUUCUGAUGUAGAAUCAAACCCCAUGUCGCACCCUUGGACUGUCUCGUCCUAUAUGUCGCUAGUGAUUAGGGCACUGUCUUUUGCGACGUUUAUAUCUUCUGAAUCCUCGGGUCGCACUUCGGUAGUGCUGUUCGAUUCCCAACUACAUCGGCUGAAGCUUCCUGUCGUGAAACAAGAUUACCACUACAGCAAUGAAGGCCCAAAUCGUCCGCGCCCUGAGGCUGUGGGUCCUCUGAUGCAGAGAUAUUUCCAGACCAUAGGCACCUUUGCACAAGACAGCGACAACUCCGAGCGCCCAGAAUCUGAUCCAGACCGAAAGCGUUUGAGCUUAUACAGAGCUGGACAAGACGAUUCGGUGACCUCUUGGUCUUGGAAUGAAAAAAGUAGCAGUUUGGGCACCAUUUUUGAACACGACUACUAG